UUAUAAGUUUCACUAGGAAGACAGAUAAAGCGUUUUUUUCUAAAGCAAUCACCUUUGCAUGGGAAAACACAGAAUCCUACUAAUCCCACGUGUUCAACUACGUCAUUAUUGUUUGAGCAGUCUUCGCCGUUUGACAGAGCGGGGUACCUGGCUCACGUCUGGGAGGUAGCCCGGUUCCAAAUCGAAUGCGAACAAAUUUCCGCCGGUGCAACACGAGCGCCCGGACGAGAUUAAUCAAACCCCCUCAUUGAAAAGCGCUGUCAAUUCUGUAAACAGCUAGCACUAGUGGACUACUUUUCAUUGGACAAUUCCGGCUGUUGGUUCCGCCUCAUUUUUGAUUUUCUGGAUGUUCAUUGCUCAAACUAGACAGCUAUCGUGUAUUCUGCUGACGUCAUCUAGGCGCUGGAACUCGUUGAUAAUGUUGUGGUUGUCCAUGCCGCCGAUUCAGUGCUUGUUUGUAAAGAUCUCCUUUUGAUCAGUCUCCCCCGCAUGGAGUUGCGCGCUGACCCGGUGGUGGCAACCUUGGACAUGUCGGAGAUUAAAGGUAAAGAUGGGGAGCCUUCGGAAGGCGACGGUGACUACGAGAGUUUGCCAGCUCAUGCCUCAUUGACAAUCCACAUGACAGCAGGAGCCGUGGCUGGAAUCCUGGAGCACACGGUGAUGUACCCCGUGGACUCUGUCAAGACCAGGAUGCAAAGUUUGCAGCCAGACCCUAAGGCUCAGUACAGCAGUGUGUAUGAGGCCCUAAGAAGGAUCGUCCGGACGGAGGGUCUCCUCAGACCCCUGAGGGGCCUCAACAUCACAAUGCUGGGGGCCGGCCCUGCCCACGCCCUCUACUUUGCCUGCUACGAACAUGUCAAGCGCACACUCAGCGAGGUCAUUCAGAAUGGAGGAAACAGCCACAUAGCCAAUGGACUGGCAGGCUGUGUGGCCACUGUGCUGCAUGACGCAGUCAUGAACCCAGCUGAAGUGGUGAAACAGAGGAUGCAGAUGUACAACUCUCCCUACCGGAACCUGUUAGACUGCGUUGGGACUAUACAGCGCACUGAGGGGCUCACAGCCUUCUAUCGCAGCUACAGCACACAGCUGGCCAUGAACAUUCCCUUCCAGGCUGUCCACUUCAUGACCUAUGAGCUGAUGCAGGAGCGGCUCAACCCCCACAGACAGUACCACCCCGGCAGCCACGUGCUGUCUGGGGCUGCGGCGGGGGCCGUGUCUGCAGCCAUAACCACCCCGCUGGACGUGUGUAAGACCCUGCUCAACACACAGGAGAACGUAGCGCUCAGCUCCAUACACAUCAGUGGUCACCUCACAGGCAUGGCCAACGCCUUCAGAACAGUGUAUCGCCUCGGUGGCACGGCUGCCUUCUUCAAAGGGAUCCAAGCCCGGGUCAUAUACCAGAUGCCCUCCACUGCCAUCGCCUGGUCAGUCUAUGAGUUCUUUAAGUACGUCUUGACCAAGCAGCAGAUGGAGCGAGAGGCUGGGCCAGCUGGCCCAGUCUGAGGAAGGGCUGUGGAGACCGCAAUGUGACCACACCUGUACUAGAGGCUCCUGGUUCUCCUGUGGAAUCAAUGCAAAAAGCCUCAUCGUGUUCAUAAUUUUAUAUCUGUGUGUGCUUUUGUAUAAUAACUCAAAGGGAAGUCACUGCAAUGGAGGAACUUUGAAAGACUUGCUGUGGUAGACCGUGGCACUCCUUACCCUUCACUUUCCUACCCAGCAAGCCCUUCCAUUGUGCACAGUCAUUCAUUAGAGGAGUGGAGGCUGUUACAGGAACUGUACAGAGAUGUAUACAGAGAAAAGGUCGUCUUCAUAUGGCAACAGGCCCUUUUCCCAAAUCACCCGUUCACUAAGCACACAACACUACCAACUUCGUCUAUCACUAUCUGGUGACAGUAUUUUCAUCAUUAUGUUGGGUUACAUUCAUACAGUAUGUUUGUAGAUCUGAUAUGGGAACUUUUUAUUUAUUUGAUUUGCUUACCAGGGCUUGCAUUUUAUGGAUUUGGAAGAGACACAUAGCUGUUUGCUUGUUUUAUUUCUUUGUGUAUUUAUAAAGGACUGUUUUAUUGAACACAUUCCUGAGUUUCGCUGCACAGUAGACACAAUUGCGCUUUUUAAGUGCCUCUUUAGCAUUGAAGGCAGCCACAACUUCAAAGCUUUGUGUUGUGUAGGUCCUUAAUAGAAAUGGAUUGGAUCAGUCACCAUUAACAUAAUCAUUGUUUGCCAUUGAAAUGUAGAUUAAAUCAUAUGAUUUGUAUGUUACCUUUUCAUCAAUCAUAGCAAGAAACCACUCGUCAAAACCAAAUGUACUGAAAUAGGACCAUGUUAUUUUUCCUUGGCCAGAAGGUUGGCAUCAUACAAUGUGCCUAUAAUCUGAGCUAGCCUAAACCUUUCAAGAUGAGGGCCUUUUUUCUAUUCUGUGUUGGAAAUGCCGUUCUGAGAGUUACAUUUCCUUUUGGCUGAACCCCUAUAUGUUGUGCUGGGUUUUUCCACUUUAGAUAGGUCUUCAUUCAAACCUCUACGCCAGUCAAAGUCUGCAGUAGUUUAGUAGUUCCGUUUCAGUAGUUUAAUUUGACCACACAGUGAAGUGAGUAUUGCCUCCCUUUCCUGAGAGGUUACCGGAAUCCCUCUCAAUAAUAAAGGUGUAUAGGCCAUAACGGCCCAAAUAUUAGCCUUGUUUGAAUGCAGUAGUAUGCUCUGGACUCUCACCAAUGUGAGUGUUAGAGUAUAUUAUAUAACAAUCUAUGUUGCAGAGAAGAGGCAACGUUUGUAUAUUUUAGUGAGUGAUUGUUUCCCAGGAGGCAUUUCAUUAUGCAGGUCCUCAGGUGAACCAAACCUCAGCAUCAAACCUGUAAGAGGCUGGUGGCAUGGACCGCCUCAUCUCUGCAUUCAGACACAUCUGUGAUGUUCAUAUUUAGCUUUUGAGUAAAAUAUCAUGCUUGUAAUAAUGUACUUAGUUAAAAUCCUUUUAAUAGAGAUUUAAUGUAAGAUGAGCAAAUUUGACAGAUUCUCAAACUACUUAAAUAAAUAAAACAUUCAAUGUUCCAGACAGCAGAAUUUGGAAUGAGUACCACUGCAGUUAAUCGGGCGACUCCUUUAAGCAUUGGGUACAGUCUGUGACAAUGGGCCCAUUACUAAUGGGUUACCAGAUCAGCUGGUUGGCACGCUCUAUUUAUUCGAAUUUUUUUGGCCCAUUUUAGUCACUUCCUGUGCUCUCCCUGCUCUCUUCCCAGCCUCUUGGCUCUGAGUUUUCUACUCAGAAGGCAGACAUUCCUCCACAUAUUGCUGUAAUCCACAAAGCUGCAAGAUUUGUUUGUUUGCUUUUAAUUAAAUGUUGUUGGGUUUUUAAUUAAAUGUUGUUGGGUUUUUUCACCAGUGAAGUACGGAUGGUUCUAUGAGAUCUCCAAAGGUCCCUCAAAUAUAGGUUUAUUCCUUGUUAAAGAUCCCAAAGAUAUGCAUUGUAUUGUAGGAUUCCUAUUUGCAAACCUGUAGUGGUGAACAUACCUGUAAAAUGAAGCACUCAUUCUUGUGCUCGUACUUAUUGGCAGUCCUCUCAUGACAAGCAUAAUCUGCAACCAAAAAAGCUGUAGCUUCUUAUUCUUUGGACUACUUUAGUUGAGCAGGUCAUUUAGCUGUCUUGAGGCGUAUUGCCUUAUGAUGUUUAAAAAGUCACUUUGUGCCUCAGCAUUUUCAUAAGAGUUAGAGAUGAGAAUUUCUUCAAAUGUUUCUGUGAAGGCUGAAGUGUUUGGUUAAAGGGGACAUUUAGUCUGAACUGAGACUAGCAGGGGAGUAGUGGUCAAACCUACAAUGUUGCAGUAUUCAUUAAGGAGAGAAGUUGGCACACUUCAUGACCAUUUCUCUUCAUUUUAAGUCCUUUUGAGCCCUCUGGGUGGGUGUUUUUAUGGAGUUACACAAAUGUUUUUGCUAAAUAUCACAGCUAUUGUUUAUGUAAAUGAAUAUGCAACACAGUAACACAUUUAGGUUGAUUAAAGUCAAUCUUAUUGACAACAAUACUGUACAGCUGAAGGUUCAUUCAUUAGAUUUUUUUUUUGGCAUAUCGUUUACUACUAUUUCUGAAAAGGGGAACUCCAGACAAAUGUAAUGUAUGUUACUUACUAUACAAAUGCCAACAUGCCAUUUCUGUUCUAUGCAUUUCAUUCAAUUUUAAUGAAUCUUAUGUUUUAAGAAAUGCUGGUCAUACAGUUGAUUAUAAUUAAUUCCAUUAAAAACCACUAGCAAGAUAUUUCAACCCCUUCAAACAAUACUGCUCCUAUGCAUUAAUGUUGAGCAGAACUGACCUUUUUAAGAAACUUGGAGAUAGAAAUGGAUAGUUACAUGGAAUGGAUGAUAAUCAAAUGUUUCAAAUGGUCAUUAGACUAAUCUUCUUCAGGUAUUUAGUCUUACUUUAGCUUCUGAAUCAUUUUUGACAAAGUAUCCACAGAACACAGGUCUUGUUUUGUUCAGACACAUUACGUUAGCCCUAGAGAUCUAAGGAAAAAUAAGUCUUAAACCCAUGCUUAUUGUCUAGCUUGUAUAACUUGUCUGUGAGAUCAUUUCAAUAUAAUGUACUUUUAUUAUGUAUGCCCCAUGAAUAAGAGUGAUUGUGUUAAUGGAGAUUUGGUGAAUUUUUAUCUUAUCUAGGGAUGUUCAUCAUGUUACAUCUUUGCUGCUUUUUUUGCGCACAAAACACCGGGGGAAACUGGGAAGAUUUAUGACUAGAGUGCCAUCUACAGCACAAGAAUGUGAAAUGAUAGUGGUAAUGCUGCUACAGUGUAUAUAACACUGGAGCUGAAAUAAAAUGCAGGUGAUAAAUGA